AUGGCCAAGAGGCAGACAAUCCUCAUCACUGGCUGCUCCGCCGACGGCAUCGGUGCCGUCCUCGCCCUCACACUCGCAAAACAACAGCACCGUAUCUUUGCGACUGCACGCGACACGUCCAAAAUCCCCUUUGAGCUCAGAAGUCUCCCCAACGUGUCCGUAAUAGCCCUCGAUGUCUCAUCCAAAGAGUCUGUUGCGGAGGCCGCAGAGGCAGUCGAGGAGGCGGGACACUGUCUGGACGUGUUGGUGAACAACGCAGGGUUCGGAUACACGAUGCCAAUUCUGGACGUGGACAUUGACAAGGCGCAAAACUUAUAUAAUGCAAACGUCUGGGGGGUGGUGAGAACUGUUCAAGCAUUUGGUCCGCAAUUGAUCAAAAGCAAAGGCCGAGUAGUUAACAUGAGCUCCGUGGGCUCAGUAGUCAACACCCCGUGGAUUGGAACUUAUGCGUCCUCCAAAGCUGCUAUCAACAGCAUCUCCGAGACGCUUCGCUUGGAACUUUCCCCCUUUGGCGUGAGCGUCGUGACCAUCUUGCUCGGCACCGUUGCUACGCCAUUUCACGUCAAUGAGCCGAUUCCUGUGCUCCCCGAAACAUCUUACUAUGCCAAAAUCCUCAAAACAAUCACCAAGUGGGCUAAGAAUGAGCUCGGUCCCAAAGGAGGGUCUACACAGGAGCUCGUCAAUUCUAUCGUGCCAGAUAUCGUGGCGAGUAAUAGAAACGGAAUAGUAUGGAGAGGAUCGUAUAGUGGCAUCAUCCGGUUUGUGACAGGGUGGCUACCAGUAUCGAUACUUGAUAUGAUGAUGUCUCAGGACCAAGGUUUGGAUGAGCUUGCCAAGGUGUGA